AUGAAAUCUCGGAUCCCUUCACUGUCAGGGUUGAGGUCACUCUCCUCUUGCCGGAUGAACUUUGGUAGAUCUGGCAGGCCAAAGACGUGGGACCUACCUAGACUAUCUGAAUCCACAACACCUACUGCCAAGAAAGAAGUUUCAGGUGUGCCCAAAGACUGGAGAUCUCGAAGCAAUCUGGACUCAUGGCAAAGACAGAAGUACGCCAUAAAGGAGAAACUGAAUGCACAACCGUGGAGACCUAUUACGAAAUUGCCCAGGGCCGCUAUUGAGGAAAUCAAAGACACAAAAAGACAAUACCCGGGGUUGAAGCCUGACCAUUUUGCCGAGCUCUACGGAGUUUCUCCGGAAUCGAUCCGGAGAAUUUUAAAAUCCAACUGGACCCCUACUGUGGAGUUAGUGGAGGAGAAAGAAAUGAAGUACAAUGUGAAUCGCAAGCCGUAUGAAACCAGAGAUAAGCUUGCAGUUCGAAUUGCCAACAACUAUUUGAAUGCAAAAGAGAAGGAACUUGGUGUAGAGAUACCUGACAGUGAUAAAGAGCUGAUCAAAAGCGAACUUCUUCAGCAAAUCAAGACAAACUCGUCGCUGUUGAGGCAUCUUCAAGAGUUCAAGUGA